UUUUUCCAGUGUCCGUGUCGGAGCCGCACUGCAGCACACAUGUAAAUGGCGUACAGUGAAUAUUCCACAGACUGGAUGACCGAAAAAGAAGAAUUAUGCUCAUUUUCCCCUUCGUCUGAAUCGUCUCCUGGCUCCUCACAACCUGCCUCUCCCCCAGAACAUGACGUUCAGGUGCCCUCUGAUUUGCACAUCAUGACGUCACUCUUGCAAGAGGAACUUUCUCAGUUUGAGGAUUAUUUCCUCUCAGACUUCAGCCCGGCCAAAGUGGAGAAAUGGCAAAAGAGCCACAAAGGUGUACAAGGAAUGGAUUCAACCUUGUGCUACGAAUUUCCAUAUGCUUCGCACAGCCCAAGCCAAUCAGAAACGAACCCGCUGCUAGUUAGCCUGGGGGAACUCGAUCAAGUGGGUUUCUGUGGAGGUCCAAUGGGAAGACCCAAAAUGUUGCGACCCACGGCAUUCAACAAUGGUCCUCCACACUACAGCGGCCGAAGGGUUGCGCCCAAUGCAUUCAGGGAAGGCAUGGACUCACAGAAGCAGACAUGGACUUUACAGAAAGAAACGUGGACUUCCAAAGAGAGCUACUCAGGGUUCGAUAGCAUGGUGCUUGACCACAGCUCUGUGGACAGAACUUUCGGGAAGAACGCAGGAGGUGUUAAGAAGGUCAAAGAAUGUGCCAUAUUGUUGAAGGAAGAAGAAAACUAUUGUUUCCGGGGCGAUGUUUUUUGUAGUGUCGAGAUGGCCCCGGGUUAUUGUGUGAGUGGACCCUUGAAUGGCCACUCAAAGAAGGAAAGCCAUCUGAUGCAUGGGAUGAAGAACGUUGGUUGGCAGGAUAGGAUGGAUAUUCCGUUUUUGCAGUGCAACGGUAAUGGGAGGAACCUGGAGUUCUCCGAGCCAGAGGCCGCUGAGGAGUACUUCUACCAGCACGGCGUCGGCGCAGCAGAACCCUGCCCGGGCUUCAUGGACCCCCUGGACGCCUCAGUGAAAGGGGUGGUCUCGGAGCCCCAGCUGCAGAACCACCGGCCCUACCACGAAUGCCUUGGAGAAGGUUUCGAAUGUGUCUUAGGAGGGGACAGCGUGGUGUCGGCCAUGCACAGGCCAGUGCAAAGACCAAAGGACAAGCUCUGUGCACUGAAAGGAGAACUGAGAGCUGUCCCCAUGGAGGGCCAACCUGGAGAGCGGAAGCAGAAGAAACGAGACCAGAACAAAACUGCUGCUCACAGAUGCAAUAGUUGUUAUGUAAACUUGAAAAACCAUAUGAUGGUUCAAAAUGGCAGGUAUCGUCAGCGUAAGAGGGCGGAGCUGGACUCUCUGGAGGCGGAGCUUCAGGGACUAGAGGGACAGAACCGGGCACUCCGCGACAAGGCGGAGUCGGUAGAGCGAGAGAUUCAGUAUGUCAAAGAUCUUCUCAUCGAGGUCUACAAGGCGCGCAGCCAGCGCAUUAAAGAUGAUAUCAGUGCCUAAAGCCUCCAUGAGCCAGCAAUGUAUUCAGUGGGACUGUGGAAACGAAGUGAGACUUGCAUGAUUUUUUUUUUUAAUUGAUGUAGUCACAUUGCUUAAAAAAACAAAACAAAACAAAACAAAACAAAAAAAUAAAUGUAGCCGUGUAUUAUUCAUGAUCUUCUCAACACAUCAAUUUAUCUUGAUGAUCUGAUAUUAUGUGCACUGUGACUUGUUUUAAUUUUUUUGAAUUUUCACAUGCAUUCACUCUUCAGUUUAUCUUGUUGGAAACAGGAAGUAAAGGAUAUCAGUGGGAAUGAGUGAGGCUAAUUUUACGAGGUCAUGCCUCAGAGAAGCUCAUUGGACAAUGCAGGGGUGCUUUAGAAAAGAGUUGAUGUCAUCAUGGAAAACUGUGCCAAAAUAUUACAAACAAUUAUUUUUACUACUACAGAUAUUUUGACAUGUGUUGCCUAUUUGUAAAUGCAAGGAUUAAAUCCUCAGAGUAAUGUCACUUACUCAGGUAUUGAAUGCAUGGAUAAAACUAGAUGAGCAUGGUAGGACAGGACUUGUAUGUCUGCUUUGAUUUCACAGCAUGUACCAUGGUUACAGCGGAGUAUUUCAUGUUCUGCUAGUUGACACACUUUUUUGUACUCUGGUAUUUUUGUUAUUUACUUUAAUUAAUACACACCAUUAUAUGCCCACUAUUUUAUUUGCAUUGUCAGUAGUGUGGGUGUCGUAGUUAAUGUAUGAUAUUGCUUUUCCUCUUGUUUCAGAUCAGCUGUUAAAAUAUACUGGACAAUCAUUUUUGAUCUUAAUGCACUGUUUCAAAAUUGAAUCGAAAUAAUCUAUAGAAUCUGUUCACAAUGGAAAAGCCGAAUAAAGAGGUUGAUUUUUAUGGUA